GCUCUUGUAAUCUAUAUUCACACCUCCUAACUUCCAUUUUAAGUUAAAACUAUUAUAUCAAUUUUGUUUCCAUGCUCACUUUCUGCACACUUGUAAUUUGCUAAAUCCCAUGUAAUUUUGUUUCUAAGGCUCUUGUAAUCUAUAUUCGCGCCUCCUGAUUCCCAUCUCAAGUUGAAAAUUAUUAUUUCAAUUUUGUUUCCAUGCUCAUCUUCUAUACACCUGUAAUUCGUUGUAACCCUGUAUAAUUUCUAAGGCUCUUGUAAUCUGUACUCGCACCUCCUGAUUCCCAUCUCAAGUUGAAAAUUAUUAUUUCAAUUUCGUAUCCAUGCUCAUUUUUACACACUUGAUAUGCGUUCUAAUCCUGCGUAAUUUUGUUUCUAAGCCUCUCGUAAAACCAUAUCUAGUUUGAAACAAUUAUCACCUUUUAUUCGCCGUCAUAAUUAUGUAGAAUUAAACAAGAAUUGUCUCCAUGUGAAAUUAUGUUUUUAAAUGCGAUUGUACAGCUUUUGAAAAGGAAAUCGCCGAAAAGAUAUCUUUGCUGAACUUCUUAUUCUUCUCAAUCCAAGAAUGUUUUUGACUUCAGUCGUUAGUGAUAAUAAAUUAUUUCGAUUCUUCAGCAUGCAAAGUAUGCAUUUCUGCACAACUUCUGUACAUUAUAGAUUUUGAAUGUAAAAUUAUUUAGUUAUCAUUCGAAAACCAAUAAGUCCCUUCGAAUGAAGUUUUCAAAAGUUGAUGUUAAUAUUUCUUUUUGGAUUUCAAUCAGUCAUCAAUCCUCAGUAAUAUACAGAAUUAAUAAACUUGUCAGUGAUAAUAACGUGUAUGUGGGUGAACAUCUUUGUUAGUUUAUUUCAUUUCUUGAGUCGUGUUUUUUAACUUUUCGUCUAAAAAACUUGUAUAAAAGCUUGUAGAGUUUUAUUUGAUUAAAUUACUAGUUACAUGAUACUACAUUUCAGUUUCUGAGAUAUAAUUGGGUAGAGUAAGUUGAAACCAUUUUUGCAAUGACUAACAUUACACCAACCUGUGAACCAAAGAAAUACGUGGUAAAUUAUUUCAUACUACUCGAUGAGCAAUGUUGGCUGACAUAGGGUCGGGUUGCAAUAGAUUUAAGGGUGUUCAAACAGAAACCUGUCAUUAAUCCAUAAAUUCUUUGACAGUUGGUUUGAGCCACGUAGAGAGGUGCACACUUCCUGAUUGGGUUCCUCAGGAUUCUACGAACUUAUUGCUAAGGACUGUUGGUGACACAUCUCGAAAUCGUUCACAGUGGCAGAUGUAUUCACUCUCUUUUAUCUUUGAUGUUUAUUAGAUCGUCACAUCUUUCCACAUUAUGGUUCUUCUGUGCACUUCCGCUUAUUUGUAAUUCCUUUGAAUCUCUUUUUUCUUUGUGUACUAUAUGGAGUGUGGCAACUUAAACUGCUGCACUUCUGUACGGAUUAUAGUUUACUUGUGAGUUAAUUUUGCUGGUCAUUUUCAUAAUUACUAUCAUAUGACUUGAUAUAUCACUUUCACCACCAUCUACUAGGAUAGAGGUUUGUGUAAUUAAAUUACACCUCUCUAAACCAAACUAAUUAUAUAGAUAGUAAUCGAUAAAUUUUAAUGACUUUCACCUUUUAUUUCGAAGCUUGUAUUAUGUUACAUUCCAACUGUAGACAUAAGAUUCCAGAACCUGAAGAUGUCAAUCAAACUAAUUUGGCUCAAGAUGUUCAGAUAGACCCCGAGAAGCAGAAUUAUUACCCAGACAUGGUAGCCUAUCUGCACUCUGAUCUUCCGCCUGUCAGUAUCUAUUCUACUAACUAUGCACAACAUGGGAGUCUUAGUGUCACCUCGAAAUGUGAUGUAACUACACAAACGGAACAAUUUAGACGACAUAAUUCACGAUCAUCUGUCUCUUCUUACGGAUCACACUCAUCACAAUCAGUAUCAUCAAGCUCUUCAUCUUCAACAUCAUCUUCAAGUUCUAGUAAUUAUGGUCAACCUCGUACAAGUACCGUUAAUAAUGGUUUCAUACCUAACUUUACAGAUCUGUCAAGUAAUAGCAGGUAUUUACCAUCCCAUUCACGACCAGCAGUUUCAGUCAUUUCAAAGAAAUUCGAAAGAUGGACGUGUCAUGAGUCAAUUGCUAGCGGAGCGCAUGAAAAAUCUUGCAAAUUAAGCAAACUUGGACAAGAUGUCGCUUGUUCUCCACAGUUACUUGUUGAAAAACGACUCCAUGCUUUUGCGAGUAGGUCUCAAGGGAUAUAUGCAGUAAAGGAUGAUGUUGGAAAGCAGGUACUUACCAGUAAUGCACAUAAUUGUAAGUGUGCUAAACAGGUCUCCACUCAGGAAAAACAAAAGGACUAUCUAAACAAUCAGAAAAUUUUGAAUGGUUCUAGUAGAAACGUGCAGUCAUUAUCGAAAAGUCAAAAGCUGUCGUUUCAUACAGGAAAGGAGUACUUGUCAUCUCCAAGUGAAACCACUGAUCAACCUUCCGCCACUCGGAACUCGUCCGUCAAAAAUCCUCAUAACUCCCAGAUUGAACGACAUGGUUCUCGUGGUUUGGCAGAAUUUCGUUCAAAUAAGCCGAAAGAUUCUUGCACCGGUGCAGAACCAUCAAGUAGAGAUAAUGCGGCAAACCAGCUUCUCAAGAACGUAGAAACUUCUGUGACCUUAUCACGAUAUCAUCAUUCUAUGCGUAGACGUUUUGCAGCAUCCACCCACCGUAACCGAUGCUCAAGGGAUGCUUACCAUACCAAUAAAACCCAAGUUGAUGCAUUGGAUAUGCGAAGUAGUUGUUCAAGUGAGCCUAAAAGACAGACAAAGGAAACCAGUGCAACGCUUUAUGCAAUGAGAAUGAGCUCAAAAUGUUGUAUAAAAAAUAUAGGAUUUGAGUCAAGAUCUCACGACCCAAGUGAUGCAUGCCACAAACUCAAUGCACCCAAAGAAUAUCUUUCUUACAAUCGGCGUUCCACACCUACAACCUUAAUCCCAGCUUCCUCGCUUUCUGUUGGAGAUAUCCACACUUCUAAGGAAAAUCCUAACAAAGAAGCUUCAGAUGCUUUUGACGAGCCGGCGGUAGAUUCACUUAGUCAGGUUGAUAAGUGCUCAGCUCACUGUUCUCCGAAGAAUGAUUCAUUUUCUUCACUGGAUAACAAAAACACUGACCUAGGCAUUACAGAAGUCUUAGGGCUCACGCCGCCUACGGAGCAAGAAUCCUUUGAGUAUCAGGAUGACCUACCUCCCAUAAGAUCCAACUCGCUAUCAAAUCGCUCUGAAGCGGAAUCCUAUCAGUCGCAGAGGCAUAAUACCACAAUAGGAAACCAAGAAGAGGGUGAAAUUUCGGAUGAUGGGGAUGAUGAUGAAGACGCUGAAGUGUUCAAUUCUUCAUCCGAUUUGAACAAAAUACGCAAAAGGUCUUGGUCCCGUUCCUCACACUCCAGUUGUAAAACCUCUAAAUUGUGCUCAGAACAACAAGUUAAUGAUGCUUCAAAAUUUCAGGUCUCUACAGACUUAAAGCAUCUGUCACCUCAUCCUACGGGUGUAUACCGGAGGUCGAGGAAAGGUUCGAGAAAUUCCGGUCCAGGUUUUUCAGAUUUGAGUUAUCGAGUAUCUUCUGAAUGUGAAGAUAAACAUACAUUAAAUUCGGAUAACACGAAGUUAUACUGUUCAUCUGAAAAUAAUCAUCAUCGUGCGUCGCGAUUAAGUUCUUCUGCCUCAAGAUCCCCUUCUACGAGAAAUUCCCGAAAUGAACACCACCAUCGUCACCAUUCCUAUCGGUCAUCACACUCCACAUCUAAGCAUCGUCCUGUCAAGCGCCACUAUGUUUCUCCCGAGAAACAUGAUAGAUCGAGCAUUUCAUCGAAUCCACCCAGACGACGCAUAUGUCAUUCUCCAGUAUCACCAAAUAACGCAAAUUCUAACUGUCUUCUGUUUGGGCAUAACAGAAUAGUACGUCGGAAUAGACGAUUUCGUGUUUUGUCUCCCAUAUUGAACAGGUAUCCUCAUCGUCGACCAGGUGUAAAUUUUUCGAAGGUGUCUGGUCCACGUUUUAGUCAUGGCCGGUAUCAACACCAAAACCAACACCGCCAUCAACGAAAAUUUUAAUGUCAUUUAAUCAUGACUUUGUACAUAUUAAAAUUAUAUUUCAUGCAUGUAAUUAGAGAAAAAGUAGAAACAGAUCACUUUUUGCCUAUUAUCUAUUUUUGCAGUUGUUAAAUUCGUUUGUAUUUUUCUUCUUCGAGUUAAUAAUUAAAAUACAGUUAUUUUUUCAUUCUCUUAGUUAAAUGAAUUGAAUAUGUACACUCAUUCAACAGCUAGUUUAUUUUUCGUCAAGUAAACUACCGGUGACCGACAUUUUUUCUGUGAAUUGUUUUCUUAUUUUCCAAAAUACUGUUGAGUAAUGUGAGAUAGCAUAUUAACUUUAAAGUAUUGUAACCGAUCUAAGCCUGUGUAUCAC